UCACUUCAAAUGCUAUCCGUGGACGGGCGGCUCAUUGUCAGGAGAGUUGCAGUGCGAGCAGGAGGGAGAGAAAACACAGGUACAGGUACACCAGCAGCAGCUGCAGCAGCACUUCAGCCACAGCAUCACAGAAAACACACUCAGCCGAUAGAAGAUGGAAAAAGACGCACUAAACUUCCCACCAGGAAGAAGCCCUACUCUCAGAGAGGAGCUCAGACAGACAUCUCAGCGCAGUUUCUACCUAAGUCCAGCUCCGCUCUAUAUCAAGCCCCCAAAAUUCUCCCCUUCCAGAUACCCCACCAGAGACACAUACAGCGCAUUCAGCCCACCGGCUUUCUUUCCCAUGCUGGGUCCCGGUUACGUCCAAAGGGAAGGAUCCCACAAACGCAAAAGAACUCCUUUCAAAGUGGAUGCCCAGGGAGGUGAAGCUCCAGACAGGGAGGCCGAGGAGGCAGAAGAAAGCAGCAGCAAGAAGACGGUGGACCUCUCCCACAUCCCCUUCUCCCUCCCACCUCGCCCCAUUCUCUCCCCAUCUGCAAAACCCAACCCUGGCAUGAUUGAGCUCAACAGACUGCAGCUUCACCACAGAGCUCCAGGCAUGAAUCUACCUGUUCAGGUGAAACAGGAGCCUCUCAGUCCUUCUCCUGUUUGGCCUCCAUCUCCUCUCCUUCUCCACCCUCCCUACUUCCCGCCUCUCCACCACAACCUCCUCCCUUACCCCUUCUUCAUGCCUGGGCCCGUCAUGCACCUCUCCCCCGGUGCUUUCUACCCCAGAGAGGACAUCAGCUCCGGUCCCCGUGAUGGAGCUCCUCGAGGCGGGUCGACCAACGCCGAGAAGCUCGGCCUCAACGUUCACGUGGACGACAGCUACUACGUGGACGUCGGAGGCGACCAGAAGCGCUGGAAGUGUCGGAUGUGUGAGAAGUCCUACACCUCCAAGUACAACCUGGUCACACACAUCCUGGGCCACAGUGGCAUCAAGCCACAUGGCUGCCACCUAUGUGGGAAGCUGUUCAAGCAGCUGAGCCACCUGCACACACACCUGCUCACGCAUCAGGGCAUGAGGCCUCAUAAGUGCCAGGUUUGCCACAAGGCCUUCACCCAGACCAGCCAUCUGAAGCGACACAUGAUGCAGCACAGCGACGUCAAGCCGUACAGCUGCAGCGUCUGUGGUCGAGGAUUUGCGUAUCCCAGUGAGCUUCGUGCACAUGAGCUGAAGCAUGAAAAAGGUCAAGACAAUGUUUGUGUGGAGUGUGGUCUGGACUUCCCCACGCUGGCCCAGCUGAAGAGGCACCUGACUGUCCAUCGUGGUCCCACCCUGUACAGGUGUGCAGAAUGCCAGAAGACUUUCCAGUACCCGAGUCAGCUUCAGAAUCACAUGAUGAAACACAAAGACAUCCGACCGUACAUCUGCAGCGAGUGUGGGAUGGAGUUCAUCCAGUCGCACCACCUGAAACAGCACACGCUCACUCACAAGGGGGUGAAGGAGCACAAGUGCCGCAUCUGUGGUCGUGAGUUCACCCUGUUGGCCAACAUGAAACGACACGUCCUCAUCCACACCAACAUACGAGCCUACCAGUGCCACAUGUGCUUCAAGAGUUUCGUCCAAAAACAGACUCUCAAGGCUCACAUGAUCGUCCACUCAGACAUCAAGCCAUACAAAUGCAAGCUUUGUGGGAAGGAGUUCAACAGAAUGCACAACCUAAUGGGCCACAUGCAUCUCCACUCAGACAGCAAACCCUUCAAAUGCCUCUACUGCCCGAGCAAGUUCACACUGAAGGGAAACCUCACCAGACACAUGAAGGUCAAACAUGGAGUCAUGGACAGAGGGCUGGAUGAAAGAUUGUUUCGGCAAAGAGGCCGGUUCUGCCUGUCCACUCCAAUGGGUCUCCUCACUCACUUCAGCCAAAAGGAGCCCUUUGACCUCUCCCAGAAGCCCCCUGGUCUGCCCAGCCUCCGGCUCUCCCAGUCUGAUGGCGAGAGCGUCCCGGGAAGCUCCUGUCAAGAGGAGGACGAGGAGAGUUUGUACAGAAGGAGUCAGUACAGCCCCGAGGUGGACCAGCAUGAACCGACAGGCGAAGAGCGGUACAUCCCUGAGCUGGAGGAGAGAGGGCCGAGCAAGACUCAGAAACAACAGAAAUACCAGCAAAGUUUAGAGGAUGAGACAUUUGAGAGGGAGUUAGCAGCAGAAGGAGAAUCUGUAGAUCUUAGAGAGAACCCGGUGCAUCUCUCACAGUCUGAUGAAUCUGAUGCAGAGCUAGGCGAGCAGGGGUAUCACCACGAAGCAGUCCGUAGAGAGUCAUUCGACUAUGACUCUGUUUCAGAACCAGAGGAUCAUCAGGAAGAGCUAGAUGAGGAAAGCAAACAUGAGUCGGAUGGCUUUUAUGAAGCCAUCGAUGUAGCAGAGACAAACUAGAAAAGACUGGAGACAGAUUUGGUGAAAUAGUGGCACACAAGUGAAUUUACGGGUGAAAACGAAGACAAACAAUGAGAUAAACUAGUUGAAGAAUGGGAAGAAGAUGCAGGUUUCAGGGAAUGUCGAUGUUUUUCUUAACAGGAAAAAUGGAGAGGAUGUUCAGCAGACACUCCCCUGAGGAGAAAGGAAAGCGUGUAGGUCUCUAAACACGACUGACUAUAGAGGAUGUGAUCUGAUAGCUUAACAUAGAAAAAAGAAAGACGAACAUAUCAUCUUUAUUUACAGAGCAAAAAAUACAAAUAAACUAAAAUGCAAAGCUGUGAAGCAUACUGCAUGUACAUACGCUGAUAGCCACUGACAGAAGGUUUGUGUGGAUUUUUGGGUGGAAACAUAUGAUUAGGAUUUUUUGUACAUAAAAUGCAAAAGUAUAUUUAAUGUUUUAGUUUUUUACAAAUCAUUUUUGAAUGUUCACUUAAAUAUGCAACUUUUUCUAUGAUUCUAAAUCAAAACUGUACUAUUGCUCAAACCAUUGUGCAUGCUUUCUUGUUUGUACAACAAGUAAACAUCUAACUUACUGAGUGUAAUAAGUUUUUGACAAAGCUUGAGUGUUUUUAUGAACUAAACUGUGAUUUCCCCCACCCUAAAUUUUAGAAUUGUUUAUCUAUAUGCCUUUGCUAUUUCAUUUUUGAGGGGCAUGUCUGUGUUUUUCAUGUAUGUCAGACUAAUUACAGUGAUCUGAUUGUGAUUCUGCUGAAUAAAUACUGAAAUAAAAGCUUGAACGCA